UUAUUGGAGACAAGUUGGCACAUGAAGGCUACAAUAAAACUCCAAACAUGAUGCUUAUGAAUGGGAAAGGUUCAUAUUUAGAUCCAAAAGCAAAAUCCAAUGAAUCCUUCACAAUAAAUCAAGGAAAAACGUAUAGAUUGAGGAUUUCAAAUGUGGGAAGUGAAUGGAGUUUCAAUUUUCGAAUCCAAAACCAUACCAUGCUAUUGGUGGAGACCGAGGGCUCGUACACCAAUCAAAUCACGUUAAAUUCUCUCGACGUCCACGUGGGCCAAUCAUAUUCUGUUCUUGUCACAGCUGAUCAAGAUGCUGCUGAUUAUUACAUAGUUGCAACUGCAAAAAUGGCUAAUUCAACUCAACUCAAAACUCUUCAAGUUGUUGGUGUAUUACACUAUGAAAACUCAACCAAACCUGCUAAUGGGCCUAUUCCAAAUGGGCCUGGCCCAUUUGAUGUGAACUUCUCUAUCAGUCAAGCUAGAUCCAUCAGGUGGAAUUUGACAACAGGUGCAGCAAGGCCUAAUCCACAAGGUACAUUUAAUGUAUCAAAUGUGACAUUGUCACAAACUUUUGUUCUCCAAAAUUCAUUGAACUAUAAGAAUGGUAUGAUAAAUUAUGCCAUCAACAAUGUGUCUUAUGCAACACCAAAAACACCAUUGAAACUGGCUGAUUAUUACCUUAACGGCGCCGGAGUUUACGAGCUCGAUAAAUUUCCGGCUAACGUUAGCCUACCGGAGGUUGUUUAUGGAACGUUUGUUGUGUCUGGUGAACACAAAGGUUGGCUAGAAAUUGUCUUUAAAAAUGAGUUACAAGUCAUGGAUUCUUGGCAUUUGGAUGGAUUUAGCUUCUUUGUUGUUGGGUAUGGUUUUGGAAAUUGGAAACCUGAAUCGCGAUCUAGAUAUAAUCUUCAUGAUCCAAUUGUUCGUUCUACUGUUCAGGUUUACCCAAAAGGAUGGACAGCUGUAUAUGUAUAUUUAGACAAUCCAGGGAUGUGGAAUUUAAGGUCACAAAAAUUAAAAAAUUGGUUCUUAGGACAAGAACUUUAUAUUAGAGUUUAUGACUCUGAUCCUAAUCCAGCCAAAGAACUCAUUCCACCUAAAAAUCUACUCUAUUGUGGAAUUGUUCAGACACCUCCACCAGCAACACCAAGUCCAAAGCCAGAGCCAGUACCAAGCCCCGUGGCUCCAAUAGCUCCGCCUCCUCCAGCACCAUCAUCUACAACUACUACGAAAAUAAAAUGGUUUCAUAUUAUUGUGGCUAUUUUUAUGAUUUUAAUCAUAUGAGAUGGGAGCUCAAGUUAAUUUGGUGCUUAUAAUGACAUGCAAAUCAGUUUAUUUUAUUUGUUUUUUUCCUUCUUAUUUUAUGUUCUGUUUUGCCUUUUAUUAUCUUUAUUAUAUACUUAGCUGUUAUCUAUAUUGUUAUAUAUACCAUUUAAUAGAAUUGGGGUUUGAAAACCAUAAGAAUUUUUAUUGGUUGAGCAAAUUCUACAGUAUUAACCACAAUUUUUGUAAACACACUUUACAUUCAUAUGUCAAAUUUGAUAAUAAAGUUUAUCUUCUUUCUUAUAUUUUUGAGAUAUUAGUUUAAUCAGGCAAAGUAUCUUUUUGCUAAAAGAAAAGUAGUG